UGUAAAGUGCUUUCAUGCGAAGCAAGUCAAUGUAAGUCAUGGAAAGACCAAUUUCCAAAUCAUCUGUUCACAGAAGGCCUAUCUAAAGGUUGCUUCACAUUAUGUCAGAUGAAGUCAAUGUUUUUAUGGAUCCAUUCCUAAACGUCUACACAAACGCUGGUGAGAUAGCAAUAGCAGAUGGACUUGUUGAAGCAUUUCAUAAGGAUAUUGUACUGAGAGAGCAACAGAGAAACAAAGAAUUAUUUGAGCCGGUGAGAGUCAUUCAAUCAAAACUUUAUAAAGCUAUGGAAAGAGACAAACCCAAACAAGCCAAUUGUUCUACACGGGUCAUUUUAGAAUCAAAACUUGAUAAUGCGAAGGAAAAGAACAGACAACGAGAUGGAAAAAAUAAUAAAAAAGAAAAGGAAGAUGAGAAAGUGAUAAAACAUGAUAAACCUAUAGAUGAAUCAGAAGAAACUGACACAUCUGAUGUUACCAUAUUGCAGAAAGAAAAAUGCAUUCAUGAGCAAAAUAAACAAACUGAAGCUGUAGAUCUGUGUGGAGUGACCACAGGAGAUCAUACAGCUCAAAAACAUGAGAAAAAUAUUAAUACAAAAGAACAAAGAGAACAAAAUAUUUCAUUUCAGAUGAGAAAUGAAGAGACUUUGGGUAUGUGUAAACCAAAGAGUUACAUGCUGAUAGAACCUGUAAAAGAAAAAGACCCUGAAUGUUUGAAGAAGAACAUUUUAGAAGAGCAGCAUGAUGCUAGAUUGGAAAAUGUUAAAUCGAUUGAGCCUAACCCCACUGAGGCCCAACAAUAUAAUGAUACAUUGAAGACUAUGGAAGACAAGGAGAAUAUCGAGACAGAUCAGCCAAACAAUACUGAGAAGAAAUAUAUCAACACAAAGCCUGAAGAACAUGCAUAUGAGAAUGUGUAUGAAGAUCCCGGUCUCCUCACUAACUAUAGUUCAGCUGGUUACGUUCACAAAACAGAACAACAUUUGAGGGAGAAAUUCAAAUGUCUAGACAAUGUCACGCUUCAUAUUGCUGUCACAGGAUCAACUGGAGCAGGAAAAUCCAGCUUUAUCAAUGCAAUAAGAGGUCUUAAAUCUGACGACAAAAACGCAGCUCCAACGGGUGUGACCGAAACCACAAUGAUGCCUACUAUGUAUGAACAUCCAACAAUGCCAAAUGUAAAAUUUUGGGACCUGCCAGGAACCGGAAGUCCCAAAUUCAAAGCCAAGAAAUAUCUAAAAGAUGUGAAAUUGGAAACGUACGACUUCUUUAUCAUUAUCUCCUCUGAGAGAUUUAAAGAAAAUGACAUCAUGCUGGCUAAAGCAAUUAAAGAGAGGAAGAAGAUUUUUUACUUCCUUCGCUCAAAGAUCGACAACGACAUCGCAGCGGAAUCGCAAAGAAAAGACUUUGAUGAGCAAAAGUUGCUUUCACUAAUUCGCCAGGACUGUCAGAGAAACCUUAGGGACCUAGGUGACCCAUAUGUUUUUCUUAUCUCUUCCUUUGAUUUACACAAGUAUGACUUUCAGGCCCUGACAGAUACAUUAGCGAAUCAGUUACUUGAUCACAAGAGAGAUGCUCUGAUUUUGUCCCUGCCAGUUUAUUCUUCCAAGAUCCUGGAGGAGAAAAUUAACACAUUUAUGAAGCAGACUCGGUCAGCAGCUGUUGCUUCUGGUUCCAUUGCAGUAGCCCCAGUGCCCGGCCUUUCAAUAGCAUGUGAUGCUGUCAUUUUGCUGGCUUUCUUCACCAAGUGCUACUACGCAUUUGGUCUGGAUGAUGAUUCAGUAGAAAAGCUGUCAAAAAGGGUUAACAAUCCAUUUCUGAAAUCUAUUAGAAAGUCACCACUGGUGGUUGCCAUUGGACAAAACAAACUAAGCAGCGAUGUGCUAUCAACACUAACCAGUAAGGAAGCAGGCAUCAAAUUUGCAUGGAGCAUGGUGCCUGGUGUAGGCAGUAAAAAAGCAGCUGAAAUGUCUUAUUCUGCAACAUUAGGUCUUCUACGAGCAGGACUUCAAGAACUAGCUGACACAGCCAGACAAAUGUUGAAAGCUGCAGGCUGGAGACUCAGAACGAAGAUCUUGGGGUGUUGCUGUGACAGUCUCUGGGGGAGACUCAGAAUGAUAAGUGAAAAAUCUGGUAUAAUGGCCGAUUUUUCUGCUUCGAUGGAUCUCUCUAAAGCUUUGCAGACAAUAGGAGAACAAGACCCAAGUGAAGCUGCUACAAAGGCUAAAGAACAACUUGAUGCUCUUGAAAAUGUGGUUCUGAACAUUGCUGUGACUGGAGAAACAGGAACAGGCAAGUCUGCUUUCAUUAAUGCUUUUCGAGGUCUGAGUGAUGAUGAAGAUAUGUCUGCACCUACUGGAAUCACGGAAACCACAAAUGAUGUUACCAUGUACACCCAUCCCACGAAGCCAAAUGUGAAACUCUGGGACUUGCCGGGGAUUGGUGUGCCAAACCUCAAGGCAGACCAAUAUCUCAAUGAAGUCAAAUUUGUGAUUUAUGACUUAUUUAUUAUCAUUUCGUCCACAAGGUUUAAGGAAAAUGAUGUCUUUUUGGCCAAGGAGAUUAAAAAAAAGCAGAAGCACUUUUAUUUUGUCCGAAGCAAGAUUGACAAUGACAUUUACUCUGCGUCACACCGCAGAAACUUCAAUGAGGAUCAGGUGCUUUGCACAAUCAGAGAAAACUGCUGCAAAAACUUGAAGGAUGUUGGAAACCCAGAGGUCUUCUUAAUAUCCUCUUAUGACCUGGAGAAAUAUGACUUCCAAAAGCUGGUAGAUACCAUAGAGUCAGAGCUUUCAGAACAUAAGAGAUUUGCUCUUGUUCAGUGUGUGCCGGUUUGUUCACUCGCUAUGCUAGAGAAGAAGAAAAAAAUGAUGGAGAAGUAUGUUAUGGUUGCAGCAUUGGCCUCGGGCCUGGGUGGCCUUAUCCAUUCUUCACUGUAUAUGACUUUUGGCACUAAAGGACUUGCAGCUUUUCUCAGCAGUUGCCAUUACGCAUUUGGGUUGGAUGAGGAAUCACUCAUGAAGCUUUCAGAGAAAGUAAACAAACCUGUCUCACUGUUAAAAUCAAGAAUAAAGUCUCCCUUUGUUUUAGCACUGAGAGACAGAUUGAGUGUUAUGCCUCAUCUCUCUAUGACAAAUCCAGUUACUAGCUUUGAGGACUUGCUUGAUCUUAGAUUUAUUUUGAAAAGGAGUCAAAAUGCUUAUCUGGCAUUUAACAAAACAUAUGCUGUCCUAAAUGAUGCUCUAAAUGAAAUGAUAGAAGAUAUGACGGAAGUUCUCAGAGUGGCAGGUUUGGAAUAGUAAAUGCAAACUGGUACGACAAAGAGAUGGACUACAGGUAUUAUUCAGAAAGUAAGAACUAAAAAAUAUUCCACUCCAGGUCACAACAAACACUGAAUAAAAUGUAAAAAAUGGUUUUAAACAGAAAGUUUUAGUGUUAAACACUAUUCAUAUACUAAUAUAAUGUUUAGUAUUGUGCUUCAUAUCUUACCUGUUUGUUACAUGUAAUGUAAUAAAUAAUGUAUGUUAAUACAAUUUGAUAACAUCUGCAUCUCUGUACUGUUUAAAGGUAUUUGGGAAUUAGCCUAUGUUGCUGGUUUGUGCAAGAAUUUUCUAAUUUUAUAGGAUAAUUAUUUAAUGGUAAAGUGGUUAAAUUGUCGCUGUACUGUAUUGACUUUUUAAUGUUUUAAAAUGCACACAGUGGCUUCAGGCAACGACACUCUUCACAUUAACAUCUACUGAAUUGUUUCUGUAUUCUGUAGAUUUUGUGUUUGUUUAUGUGGUAAAUUAUAUUAAUAAAUGAAGAGCUUAGACACAAAACUGGUUCUUAAUGGUUUGAGAGCAGUAUUUGAUGAACGUAUACUGUAGUAUGUUUCGAGAGCAUUCGGUUACAAUAAUUAUCUAAUUUUUGACAGGAGUGGCAUUUAGCGGCUUUUGCAUCUGAACCCUUCAAAUGUAUUGCUUUGAUACAU